UACUUUUUUUAUGUUGCAGACGAGACGCUGGUAAAGAAACCUAUCAACGUUUCAUUACGUUUUCCUUCUUGCUCGCAAAAUGGUCAACGAUUAAGAUUGAUCAUCCUAAUUGCAAAUGGGCUAUGUCUGAACUAGUGAGACUGCUGUCGUCUUCUCCCAUACCGCCAGUUGACCGCUCGUCCUCCACCAACAAGUCUACGGGGAUGGCCUCUGUACCACUACUGCAGCCUACUAGCAACACAACCCAAGGUCAGAGAAUGCCCUGCACAUUAUAUGGCUGCUAUCGUGUCUACACGGACACAGACAGCUUGGCCAAACACAUCAAGGACCAUCAGAAUCACGUCCCCACGCAGUCCCUCCCAGGUAAAGUGUUCCUCUGCUCCUCUAUCGGCUGCAGCGGCUCCUUUCCCAGCAUGCAGCAUCUGAUGGAACAUAUGAGACAGCACCACAAACCCAACACGUACUUCCUGUGUCAGAGCUGUCGGUCCAAGCUGCGUUCCUACCGCGCCCUCCUCAAACACCUCCACACCUGCGCUAAGGUAGCCAAGAGCAAGGCCAAGGCUGGCGAACAGGCAGAGGUCAAGCCUGACCCCGAUGCUGCUGUUCCCAUGGCUACAGACCAGGAGACCCCACAGCAGCAGGAACCCAUGGAGUCGGAACCCUCCCACCUUGUCCCUGGGUCCACUGGGUCUGACAAUCUCUCUGCCCUGGCUCCCUCCCCCUACCAGCCCCCAGAGGAUGGAUCUCUCCUCGGCCUGGACCUCAACUCGGCCCUGCUCCCUGGGGCUUUCUCCAUCCAGGAGGGAGGUGGUGGGGGAUUGUCAGCCACCCAGCCCCCAAGCCUCRCAGACCAGCUCCCCGAGGGAUCCUAUGGUUCCUUUUCACAGUACCUUAAAUCUCCACUGGAAGUUUCUGGACCGGAGCAGCAACAGCAGAGGCCUCCCAGGCCCGUCCCUUCUGCUCUACCUUCCUCUCCGCCACCCCAGACCUCCGCCCCGCCCGGUUCGAACGCUCGCUGGAGGAAGAACCAAGGUCAGUCCUUCAACGGCCAUCUAUGGAAACACACCAGGGGGCGCUACAGCUGUGUCCAGUGUGGCCACUCCCCCAACAGGAAGGAGAUGACUGCCCACAUCAAGGGCAAACACAAGAGCCCUGCUGCAAAGCCUGGUAACGACACAGGUACCACUGUCUAUUAUAGCCUCUUGUCUAGUAAAUCCCACUGUCUAUUAUAG